AUGCUGUUGCGUCAAACAAUGGAUGUGAAGCUCUCUGCUGAAGUAGAACCGUUUAUCCCUCAGAAGAAAGGUGUUGAAGCAUCAUUAUUACCCAUGAGUCUGUGCGGUGAGGGAGGAGCUGAGCCCACACAAAUCCCCUCCUACCUGAUCACCUGCUACCCCUUUGUACAGGAGAAUCAGAACAACAGUCGGCAGAUGCCUGUGUAUAACGGAGAUCACCGCUGGCAGCAGCUCAACCCGAGCCCCGGCGGGCCGUACCUGGCGUACCCGUUCCUGUCAUCCCCGCAGCCCCCCGUCACCAGUGAUUACCCCACAUACUACCACACCAUCAUGCCCACACCCUGCCCUCCUGUCAUGGGCUUCUACCAGCCCUUCCCGGGGCCGUAUGCGGGGCCCCUGCAGGCCGGCGUUCUGAACCCCGUGUCUGACUGCAGCGAGCGGCCGCUGCCACAGAGCCAGACGCAGAGAGGAAGAGGCGUCUCACGAAACCCCGUCCCACACAAGCAGCCGGUGAGAGCCAAGCGUCUCGUGAUGCGGAGUGUGGCGGUACAGAAGGAGGUGUGUGCCGCCGGGCCUGAUGGGAGAUCCAAGACAGUGCUGCUGGUGGAUGCGGCACAGCAGACAGAUUUCCCCGGCGAGGCGUCUGGCAGUGUCAGAUGUGCGUCGGAUCAGGCGAGUCCUCAGCAGUGGAAGAAAGCUCAGCGCAGAUGCACGUCUCAGCAGGAGUCGUCCAGCGAGCAGGGAGCCAGCGAGGCCGACAUCGACAGCGACAGCGGCUACUGCAGCCCCAAACACAACCAGGGAGCCGCCAACACCUCCACCAAUCAGCACACGGCUGCCGCGGCUGUGGACGCUGGCGUCAUGACAGGUGCAGCUGUUAGCUGGGGGAAUGUAGCCUCACAGACCGUCCAGAAGCCGUGGACAGAUAGGAACACAGCGUAUCACAGAGGCAGAACACCCGAGCAGAGGAACUACACACAGGACUUCCAGAUGAGCUUUGGAGGUCGUGCAGGAGGACAGAGAUCAACUCCUUCAGAGACACCCAACACACACCUCACACCUGAGCCACUGUACUUUCAGGAUGAGGACGAGUUUCCUGAUCUGGCCACAGGUGGCGCUGCUCAGCGGAAUAAACCAGAACCAGUUCAGCCCAAACAGCCCAAGAACCUGCUGGAUAACCUUCCGGAGAAUUCUCCCAUAAGCAUUGUGCAGACACCCAUCCCCAUCACCAGCUCCGUGCCCAAGAGAGCCAAGAGUCAGAGGAAGAAGGCGCUCGCCGCCGCUCUCGCCACGGCACAGGAGUACAACGAGAUCAGCAUGGAGCAGAAGAAGCUACAGGUACAAACACACUCUCACUCUCACACACACAUACACACGCGUGCAGUCUGUCCUGAACAUCAGAUCUGUCGUGGUCGGAGAACUCAGUGUGACAUUUGUAGCAGGACACCGGUGCAGUUGGAUCUGGGAGACAUGCUGGCAGCACUAGAAAAACAACAACAGGCCAUGAGAGCACGACAGCUCAACAACACCAAACCACUGUCAUACACAGUUGGGACAGUGGGCACGCUGCACAGUAAAGAUCGAGUGACGGGACUCAAGGACACAUACACCCCCCCUCACAACAUCCUGGACUCCAGCGCGCCCCGCGUCAAGAGAGGGAAAGAGAGAGAGAUUCCCAAAGUCAAGAAGACCACCGCCAUGAAGAAGAUCAUUCUGCAGGAGCGUGAGGUGAAGAAGGGCAAGAGUUCUGCUGAGAACAGCGUAUCUGGAACCGAUGAGCAGAAAGAAGCUCUGAGCUUCACCGACCCGCUCACACAGGAGCAGGAUGAGAACGGUCUGAGCAUGCCCAGUGAUGCGUCUCUGUCUCCAGCCAGUCAGAACUCUCCCUACAGCAUCACACCCGUGUCACAGGGCUCGCCCUCCAGCUCCGGCAUCGGGAGCCCCAUGGCUGCGUCCGCCAUCACCAAGAUCCACAGCCGCAGGUUCAGAGAAAACUUUGACUGCAGCUGCAGAGACCGGCUCAACUCCUCCAUCACCAGCACCACCAGCACACUGGUGCCCGGCAUGCUGGAGGAGGAGGAGGAGGAGGAGGAAGAGGAGGAGGACUACACCCCCGAGCCCAUCUCUGUGCAGGUGCCGCCACUCAGCUCCAGGAUCGAGUCCUGGGUCUCCAAAACCCUGGAGAACCUGCAGCUGCGCAGCCAGAGCAGCACCGAGGACGAAGACGAGGAAGAGGAGGAGCUCGACUCUUCUGACCUCGCUGAACCGGCGGUCGACGACAAAGACGCGGCGGAUUCGUCCACAGGAUGAAGUCGCAGCACACACGUUCCACGAACACUGACUCAGGGAACUCUAACGGACAGACCAACUGCUCACACGCUCUCUGUGAAUAACUCACGCGACUCUACGUCUCCAGAUGACGUUCAGGCUGCUCUUCAGCAUCACGAUGCUCCAGAAAUCACACAGAAGCAUCAUAACAGUCAUCAUAUGCUUCGUUUAGAUUUGGGUGAAAACCAUAUACCUGUACAUCUCAAAUCAGGCAUUCACAAAGUGGUUCUGUCAUGCGACCGGACUUGAAGGGAUCAUCAUGUACUCACCCUCGUGUUGUUUCAAACCUUCUAUGGAACAUAAAGACAUUUUGAAGAACAUUUGGAAACAACCCACUUUGGACCCCAUUGACUUCCAUUACAUGCUCCUCUAAAGAAAGCCAGUCGUACACGUUUGAGGGAGACUGAACGAUGACAGAGUGAACAUUUGUGACUGAACUAUUCCUUUAAAAUAUCUGAGAGAUCUGAGAGCUGUAUGAAUCAUGAUGCUUCACGAUGUUUUUGUGCUUCUGCGUGAGAAGCGAGCAGCUUGACCGUUCUGCUGAACAUCUCAUCCGUGUUCCACUGAAGGAAUAAAGUCAUGCGUUUUUAAAGCGAGUAAAUGAUUCACGGUUUGGGUGAAUGAUCUCGUGAACUCUCAUCUGAACGUGCGUUUCGUUUAACCAGGAAGCAUUGCCAAACGCUGCAGAAGAGAAACAGCAUUAGUUUGUGCAUAAAGAACGAAUCCUGUGUAAAUAACAUGUUUAAAUGUUUCUAAUAUUCUCGUCUUCGGUUCUAUUUAUCGCGCUUGAAUUCAGACCGAUUCGGAGGGCGUUUAAUUUCACGUGCGUCCUCGGAUUGAAUGGUUUCUCUUGGUACUAAUGGGACAGAUCCGUCUCUUUCUCUGUGUUUGGAGUGAUCUUCAUCUGCGUGUCUUUUGCACUAUGUACAUAAACGUGAACAUGCUUUGGUAACUAAUGUGAAACUAGCACAUGUGUUUUCCAGCAGCUCGGAUGCUGAAGUCAUGCAGUAACUGUUCUCUGACUGAUCGUUAAUACAAUUAAACUGUUUUCAGUAAACUA